UUCCACAUGCUACUUUUAUUCGGAGUGAACUGGUUUCCGUUUUAAGCCAAGUCACUACCCAGCCAAGACAGCACUCAUUUUUGGGGGCAGGCCAAGCUACCGAAAACAUCGCUAACGUCAAUUUACGAUAUUAGCAUAGGUCAUAGCCGAUGCGAAAUUGAUCUCCGAAGUUAAAGCGAUUUCGAAUCAACUCAUCGCAGUAAAUUCCCAUAUGGACACCUUCCACAAAUAAUUUCAGCACGACAUUUUCUCAUGUACAUACACAUAUACGCUAUGCUCAUAUGCACUACAUACAUACGAUUGAAAUGGCAUGGGAGAGCAGGGUUAGAACUCGAGCUAGCCUACACCGAAGUAAAGGGCGCGAAAAAUCGUAACAAAUUAAAAAUAUUGUUUAGAAAUAUAGUUGCUUAGAUCAUAUAAAUGAAUGCAUAUACAAUUGUUUAAAAAAUUAUCGUAAUUCGUAGUGAGGUUCUAACCCUGCCGGGGAGAUACAAAGGCAACAGUGCCAUCUACCGGUUACCUGAAUAAGCUGUAACGUUAAUAACUCCACAAUCAGACGAACUCUCCAAAUACACGAAUAAUGCCACAACCACACGCAGCCAAUAUUAUACAAAUAUAAUAAAAAUAAAACUUCCUCAAAUAGCAAAACAGCUAGGGAACCACCACUUGCCACCCAACUAUGGCUGUUCAAAAUUGAACGUUUCCCAUUCAAAGUGGCUCACAUUGCAGAAUGACCCGAUUCACGGUAUUACGCACAAAAACUGAGAUGCACUCUGAAGAAUUUGCGAUCGCUUGCCGAUUAUGCAACAAGAAUCAUGGGGUGCGACUCUGCCCAAUUUACCGCAGCAAGUCGGCAGAAGAAAGGCUACGAGAAGUGCUUAUACACCGCUACUGCCCGAAUUG